AUUCAAUGUUUCAUACUAUUACACGUUUUGGCGCAAUGUAUUAACGUAUGUUACGCCCUUUUGGUAGCUUACUCACUAAUUUCAGCUCCAAAUGAUCGGUAUUUAGUGUACCUCAUCCGAAGAUUGGUCACUAUCUUCAUUAAUUUUUAGUUGAAGCAGAUCUUCUAAUGUGAUAAUCACAUUACAUCCAUCUCGCCAUCGAUGAUAUUUCUCACUGGAUCUAAGAUCAGUUGGAGUCCUGAAAGCAUCAGUGCCAAACAUUCUGCUGUGUUAUCACUACCGUUUAAUUUUGUGUGGACAUGCUAGCUAUCCUGUAGACCUCUGAGUUACAAUGAACGAAGUGAGUGGCGGUAAACCUCAGGAGAUGGCUAGUCCCGGACCAUCAGCAUGGGAGUCGCCAGUAGUGGUCCAUCAGCCUGUGCCAAUCAAAAUGCAGCCUCCCGCCCACCAUAGUCCAUUGGUAUUGGAUCAUGGACACUCUCAUUCUCCCGGCGCAGUGAUGGGUCUUGUGCCUCAAACGCCUCACAGCGCUCCUGUGGGAGGAUUCAUGGAACAUGAUCUACCUCCAGAACUACUACAAGUGGGAUGGAGAAAAUUUUGGAGCAAAAGAGAAAAUAGGCCAUAUUUUUGGAACAAAUUAACUGGCGAAUCGCUUUGGGAAAUGCCAGAAAUCAAACCCCCACAAUUUGACCCAAUUACGGAUCCUCUGGGAAUCUGUGGUCCUGGACCCAGUCCACAAAUGAAUGGACCAAAUGCUGCCUUGAAAAGACGAGCAUCCGAAGAGGUCACAGGCAGUCCUGCCCCUAAAAAAUUUAUUGUAAACGGUCCAUGGGACUUAGAAAUUCCAACAGGUGUGAUUAUUUAUGAGAGGCAAGCAUCCAUGAUUCCUCACCCACAUCCUGAUAUUGAGGCUUAUCGAUACUCAGUGGUCCAUAAAUUGAGAAUGUGUUACCAGGAGCUCUGCCAGUCUCGAGAAUCCAUCACUGCACCGGAGGAUUCUUUCAACCGAUGGCUAUUGGAGAGGAAAGUAGUGGAUAAAGGUUGUGAUCCGCUCCUGCCGAGCCAAUGUGACCCAGAAAUUUCCAUGUCCAUGUAUCGAGAAAUAAUGAAUGAUAUACCCUUGAAACUCGUCAGGCCAAAGUUCACUGGUGAUGCUCGCAAACAGCUCUCUAAGUAUGCCGAGGCAGCAAAAAAAAUGAUCGAGUCUAGGAAUGCAUCCUCUGAAAGUCGAAAAGUAAUAAAAUGGAAUGCAGAAGACACAUUCCAGUGGCUAAGGAGAACUGUUGGAGCAACCUAUGAUGAUUUUCAAGAGAGAUUGGCUCAUUUGAAGGCACAGUGUCAGCCUCAUCUAACAGAAACGGUAAAAAGUUCUGUAGAAGGUAUUUGUCUUAAAGUGUAUCACUUGUCAGCAGACUAUGCUAAAAAAAUUAAAGAUAAACACUGGGAAAUACUCAAAGAGCAAGGUAUAUCAGAACCUGUCCCACCUCCAGAAGUAAACAGAAGAAAAGUCUGGUGCUAUCCAGUGCUGUUCGGAAUUCCUUGUACACGGCUUCCAACUAUUGAGUACUUGCUGGAAAAGGAACAAUCAAUGCUGCGCUAUCAUGGUGAUGCACAGCCAAUCAAUAACAUCUACCUUCAGAAAUUGGAGCAGCUAUACAGAGUUAGUUGUUUUGAUGACAAAAAAUUCGAGCUAUUUCUGUCACGAGUUUGGUGUUUGUUGAAACGGUACAAAGCUCUGACUGCGGACAGUCCUCAUUCACAAGUAGCACUGCCUAUAACUGUCAUGGAGUGCCUUAAUAAAACUUUUGGCGUUACGUUCGAGUGUUUCGCUUCCCCUCUCAAUUGUUACUUUAGACAAUAUUGCUCUGCGUUCGCAGACACAGACUCUUAUUUUGGCUCCAGAGGGCCACUCUUAGAUUUCAAGCCAAUCAGUGGCUCAUUUGAAGCGAAUCCCCCAUACUGUGAAGAACUUCUGGAUGCCAUGGUAUCUCAUUUUGAGCGGCUGUUGACUGAUUCUUGUGAGCCGUUGUCAUUUGUUGUUACCCUGCCAGACUUGCGCGAUCCUACUCCAUCAGCGCUUUCGCGUCUGGAAUCCUCCCAUUUCAAGAGGAAACAUGUAGUUGUCCCAGCCUUCGAACAUGAGUAUAGACAUGGCUUCCAACACAUCAUUAAUAAAGCUGACAUGAAUGUACGCUCCUCACAUGGGACAGUUGUCAUUUGGCUUCAAAACAAUGCUGGCUACCAACGAUGGGGACCCACAGAGGACCGAGUUGAAUUAUUGCUUGAAGCGUUCAGACCCGGUCGGGAACGAGAACGCGAUCGACAAGAACUGCUAUCUCCGCAACGAACAAAUAACAUCAUUGUUCCGAACCCUAUUUCACCCCCUGACAAAGUUCCGCCCUAGUCAUUCCAACGGGCCUCAACCCCUAUGUUUUUUUUAUCUGUGAUCAUUUUAUUAUUACCUUGUUUAUAUUUUAUAUUUAAUUCCAGGGUUGCCAGAUGGUAUAGGAUUUCUUUCAUAAGAGUUAACUUUAAGCAGGCAGGUUUAACUGUACAAUCUAGCAACCCUGUAUUUCACUCUUGACAGCAGUGAGAUUAAUUUGUUAAUAUGUACAAUUUUAAAGGAAAAUCAUUUGCAGGAAAAGACCAAA